GCUGCAUCCCGCUGAAGAAGAUUGUUUUGCUCUGCGCUUCAAAUACGCGUUUUCUCGACGUAAAUGCAACUGUAACGUGAGGCACAUUUUGACAGGCGACCUUUCACCAGAUCCAGUGUGUUGUCUGCCAUGUUCAACCCCAGUGAACUAGAAGGUGAAGUGGAUCAUUCGUUUUUCGACAGUGACUGUGAUGAUAGCAGCAGAGAUGGAGGAGAAAAUAUAGAGAAAGGCUUGAAGGCUGAAAAGAAGAACCCACCAUCCCCUGAGCAGUUACAUGCAAAACAGACAGAAACCACAAAAGGUGGUUCGUCUCCAAGAACCGAUGAGACAAAAAAACACCUGAAGCUAGUUGACAACAACAGUAGUAGUAGAGCAGAAAGGAAAGAGAACAGCUGUCAAGUAAAGGAAGAAAAGAGUAGCAGGGCGUCCAGCGUAUCAUCUGUUGCCUGUGCAUCGAAUAAAGUCAUCCAUAUUAGCAGUGAUAGUGAGGCAGACUCUAAUUCACAGUCUGAACGGCACAAUGAAACAUUUAUCGUGUUAUUGGAUGAGGCCAGGGAAGUAGAUUGUAUGGAUGUGUACAGCCAGAGACCAAAUGAGUCUGAAGAAGAUGCAUUGCCAUCCAAACACUCAGACUCGAUAGGGAAAAUUAAACAAUCUCCUAAAAAAACGAUACAAAAUUGGCGUACCAGCAGUCCAUCUCCCAUUUCAAUUGAGAGCAGCAUAGACACCGACUCAGACUCUAGUAUAGAUUCCCCCACCCUUCCCAAGCCCAAUAAGACUUCUUUAUCCCCUGAAAUAAGAAGGACCCGCGUAGGCUCAGCAGGAUCUCAGGACGUGCCUAUUGACCAUACAGAGGAGUCAGAGGAUACAGUGACAGAUGUGAGCCCCCUCUCCUCUCCUGACAUAAGCCCUCUCCAGUCAUUGGACCUUAACCACACAGAGGCUAAAGAGGGAAGCCUUAAAGAACAACAACAACAAAAACAACAGCAGCAGCAGGAGAGUGUGCCCUCCAGUGGCCUUAGUGACAUGCAUCAGGAUGAAGACUCAGAUCAGGAUGUACAUGAAUGCUCCCUCAGUUUAGAGAGUCAGCAUGGAGGUAAACUGGUUUCCUGCUCUACCGGGGGAAGAAACAGGAAGAACUACUCGUUCACCAAUGAUGAGGUCCGCCGCAUAGAUCGUGAGAACCAGCGUCUUCUUCGUGAACUUUCGCGCCACACUCCAGGGCCCAGACCAGGGCCCAGACCAGGGAGUACAACAGGGAAGAAAAUCCAUAUGACCAGCAAGCUGCCUCAUAUUCUCCUCUCUCACAGCGCACUCAACAGGCAGCGGGAACAGCAACGCAUUGAGAGGGAAAACCUGGUUUUCUUGAAGAAGCUGGAGUCCGUCAAGCCAACACCUGGCCUAAACCGUUCAGAACAACUGAAGGACUACCAGCGACAUAUUAGAAUUCUGGGAGCUCCUUCAUACCCUGUCUGUAUGUCCCCCACAAAGUUGGAGAGGUCUAUCAGCAAGACGCCCUCAGCAGGUUCCAGGCCAGCCAGUUCCAACCACCACAGCAGCAGAGCAGUUUCCACGACUAACUUCAACAAAACACCUGUACCCAGGAGAAAAGAACCGCCCAGUGCAGCCUGGUGCUGAGAACAUUGCCAAUUUCAGAUGACUAAUCUACACAGAAAGGGAUCACUGGUCUACAUUCAUCACAAACGAUUACGUUGCCACGUUACUUAGCUUGAAGCAUCUUUUGUUUUUACUAUUCAGUGAUUUGUGUUGUCAUAAAGAGGAUGGACUUCUUUUCCAUUCUUUGAUGCUAAAAUAAAGCAAAUGGUGAUUUGAUUUCAGAGGUAUUGUAAUGCAUUUUAAUUGUUCAUCUGUGGCUUCAGAGUACUUCAGUAACUCUUCAAGACGGUAAGCUACCUUUUUAUUUUUUGGAAAGACUGUCUUAUAGUUUUACACCUGUGGAUUAACUGUUUCAGAGAGGGAUGUUUCCAUUACGCCUACAAUUUAGCCCACUUUUCUCAUAUUUAUACUGUUAAUGCUGAUUCAGAGAAUUCCGUAUUUAACAAAAAUAUUUAUAUAUUAAAUAUAUUUUUGGUGUUGCGUAUAUUGUUCCGUAUUAAAUAAAACCACAUGUUCCAGCA